CCUUUGGCGGCGUUGGCAUUUAGCGUUUCUUCAUCAUGACCCGGCAACUGAGGCACUGGCAUUCCCUUAAAACCAUCAUACAACACCCACUCUCUUUUUUGAAAGGACCAGGACGUCGCAAUUCGCUCAUGACAGGCAAAUCUACCGAAACCUCGUCAGAACCCACGUCCGAUGUUCAACUCGAACAAUCUACGGAGACCAACCUGCCUGGCCAAUCAUCUUCGUCACGUAAAGGUCCUGGUCCAUUCGGUGGUUCCUCGGAUGAGCGUUACCCUCACACUCUUUUAUUUGCGUUUCUCCUCCAAUCCUCCUUCCCGUUCCAAGUUUGCCGGACUUUCUCUCCUUCGCCAAGGCCCUCUUUGAGGCUGGAGCACUUCAGCAUCAUGGCUUCAGCUGGUGCUCCUGUUCUUCCAGUAAUGCCCGACUUUUCGGACCACAACAAUCCUUUUUCAACCGCAGGCGACAUGAGAUUUCACUUACAAAACCUUCUCGACAGCAAGGAGAAACAACUGCAGCAAGCAGGCACUCUCGGGCAGCGGGUUCUUGCCCAGCAGAUGGAAUUGGAGGAGCGUAUUAGGCAAUUGCAGGAAAUAGAGGCGGACAAGUCAGAGGAUGAUGAAAUUGACGAAGAUGCGCGUGAGCGGUAUCGCGAACUUGCAGAUACCAUUUUGUCAUGGGACUCGGAGAAUGCGCAGCUUUCUAAUGCCUUUGGUGGCAGUUCCAAACGUUUUACAAAUGGCAAAACACCGUCACCGUUACUAUCCUACGCCGAACUACCCCGCGAAGAACCUGAACGUUCAAAGGCUUCUGCUGGCACCUCUGCUGCCCAAUCGCGGCGGGCCAAAAAUGCGGCUCAUCGAGCUGAUGAUGUUGAAUUUGCUUUCGAAAUUGGUAGUGGACUACUCACAGAAGUUCGCCGAUUACAGAGUCUCCUUGGCGAACGCGACAAAGCUAUCCAGGAUAUGAAGGAAGAGAAGGAUGACCUCGAGAAAUCUGUUGAAAGCCUCAGAACUGCACUGAGACAGCAAGAACAAAGUGCAGACAAGUACAAGGAGGAAAACUGGAAUCUCGAGGUCACUCUUCAAGAACUGCGAACGCAACUCGGCGACUCCCAGUCCUCGACUCAACGACUCGAAUCUGAACACAAGCGUCUCACCAAGUCUCUGGCCACCGCCCGUGAUGCUGGAGAUCAAAACAAGAACGAAGUCGAGAGGCUACAAAAUAUCGUUGAAGAGAUGAAAGCUAAGCACGAGACUGACAUUGCCCAAGCGCGGAAGCACGCAGCAAGCCUUGCCCGAGACAAAUCUGACCUUCAGCAAACGAUAGAUACCAUGAAGGCUGAGGCCGCUCGUGCUGGCCGACGUUUACCUCGUUUUGGUUCUCCACUUACUCCGAAUGGCGCGGAGGGCAAAGACUUUCUCACUCCAGCUGGGGAUGAUGCAGACUCGGAUGUCUUCGGCCAUACUGGUGGCGCUUCAACAAAUAGGCGCAAGCUGGAUACUUCAGGACUGUUUCCUCCUGACGAGUAUGGAGACUUCCCAGACUCUCCUGAGCAAUCUCCCAUUCGUCGCCCAUUCUUGGCAGCAAAUCAUCCAAGUAAUGAGAUUGAGGCUUUACAGCAGAGGCUUGCACAUGCCCAGAGACAGAUCAACACCUUGAAAGGAUCAUUGAAUCGCGAGAAGCAGAUGAGAAUACGUCUUGAGAGUCCUGGCGGUCCAGUUAUUGAUGUUGAUCUGGAGGAAGACGGCUUGGAGGACGAGGAUACUCUAGAACCCAAGCGCGCAAAGAAACGAUCUACAACUCCUUUCAGAGUUGGUGGGCGCGGCGGCUCUGCCAGGGGACGCGGACGUGGAGGCAGAGGAGGCAUCACCCUUAUUCAACGGCUCGGAAUGGCAGCCAGCAGUCCAGCAUCCGACUUCAAUGAUGACCAUCCGCAGUGGUCCAUAGAGCAUUCUCCUCCUCCAGUCCCUCCCAUUCCUAUUAAUUUCGACCAAGCUGAUGAGGAGGAGCAAUCCCAAUUCUUCAGUGGAGAUAUACCCGCAGACUUACAACAGCUGCAGCUCGAGGACCUCAACGAUAAUGAGCGAAAUAUCUCUCGUUCGCCGUCUCCCACGCCCCUGGAACCUCCUUCCAAUCGCACGAGUGUUGACGGUAUGGACCCUGCGUUCGCCAAUGUGCUCAAACGGGUUCCUUCCAACGGUUCAUCUUACAGUGGCAGUCCAUUGCGCCACGCGGUUUUAGGUCGCUCAGCACGUGGUGGCACUAUUGGGCGACGGCCAAGAGGUGGCCUGGCAUACAAGGAAGCACGCCCACCGUCACUUGUAGACGCACCAGAAGUUCUCGCUGCUGAGCUCGGCGUGGACGAUUCUCUUAAGGGGUAUCACUCUUCUCCAAUCAAAAGCGAACAGAUUGUCGAGGAGGACGAGUUCCCAAGCUCGAAGCGGGAUUCAGUCGAGACAGCCGAAUUUGGUUGCCAGACGGAGAUAUUUGAGGAGGAAAAGACUAUCAUCAUUUCUGAGGCACAUGUUUCCCAGCAGUUGCCACCACCCAUUCAUAUUUCCCCUGCAACUGUAGACAUGGGCGUGCAGUCUCAUUCUGAACCUAUACCCAUCAAGAGAGAGACUAUGGACGUGAUGAUGCAGACCGAUGAAGAGCCCGUGGUCGCCAUACAAAAGUCGGAGAUGGGCAUGCAACAUUCUCCUCAAGACACUCCCAUUCCCCUCGCGUCGACUGCUGUCCUUGUUGAAAGUGGUGUGGGUACUGACCCUGAUCUCCAGCCCAUAGCGCCUCUUAUGGUUCAGGCUCAAGUUCAGACUCUUGCCGUUGAAAAAUUGGAUAUGGACAGCCAGACAAUGCCCCAAUCCCCCGUUAUCAAAUCAUUCGGAAUGGGAGUUCCAUCUGGGAUUGUCGCUGGCGAGAUGGGACGCCGAACAACAGUCACGCAAUAUGACUUGUCGUUAGCACAAUCAGCAGGCGAUACCACCAUUACACGGAACUUCUUGGCUGAAGUGGGUGACGAGGAGGAGGAAGAUGAUGGUGAUCAGACCGAGACGGGUGCUGAUACUGAUACGGAUGCGGACAUGGAUGACUACCACGAUGCUAGGCAGAGCAUAAUGAUGUCGACACCAUCUGGUGCAGAGUCGCGCGAAGAUUUCCACUCAGUUCUGACGAUGACGGACAACGACUACUCCGACUCUGAAGACGAUGGGGAGAGCAUCAAGGCAUCGAGGAUUUCAAGUCGUGCCACAGGAUCAUUCUCUAUCGAUGAGCAGCGGCCCCUGUCGACCUCCUCGUUCUACGACGAUGUUCCUACAAGAACCGUAUCGUAUGAGACAGUGGGCGUUUCAGCCGACCUGUUUGAACCGCCUGAGCCCAUCUUGAUUGAACCGCCUAAGCCUGAAGUCAAGGAGAUGUCCAUUCAGACCGAUGAAUGGACUCCUCCAGCACCACCUCCAGUCAUCCCUCCAGUUUCACCCCCCAUUGUGCCAGCAUCUGCCCCUGGUCUUUAUAGAGUUGGAUCGGCAAAACAACAAUUCCAAUUUGUCCUUCCACCACCACCUCAAUCGACAUCUUCCUUGGGGCCCUCUUCUUCAGCGGGCGCUGUACCUUCGCCUGUAACCACUCCCCUCUCUGGGGUCUUCCGCGACUCUGCUGCAACCUUGAGUCGUUCGAGAACUUCUACAUCAGACAGGCGUCAAUCGAUCGAAUCAAUGUUUUCGUCAAGUGUUGGAGGCGAAGAUUUACAUAGCCACUCUCGUGUGAGCUCGAGUGGUCUACUCAGUGUGGUCGAUAAGACAAAGCCUCCAAUGAUGGCUCUUCCUCCACCUCCCAAGCUCCCCCCUCCACCGAAGAGCAUGCCACCCCCCAAUUUUAUACCAGAAAGACGUAUACCCACUGGCUCUACAGGGUCAUACGAUGUACCUCCUCCCCGGCCGUCAUCUCCUCCUCCCCCAGAGCUUAUUCAGCGCGCAACAACGCCAACAUUUGGUGCCGUGCUCAACCUUCCAGGUGGAAAAGCAAAUUAUUUCCGCCAAGGUGGAUCAAGCAUGCCUCCCUCUCAAGCUGGACUUCGCCAACCCCCGUCCACCAGCAGUUUCAGAUCUGCUGCCAACGCCGCCGCUUAUGCGCAGGCCUCCCAAGCUCCUCACAAUGCUUUGUCAUCUCACAGCGUCAGGGAACACGAGAGGCGGGAGUUUUCCACGGUUUCCCUUGUGUCGGAGAGAACUAGGCCAUCGCCCCGCUCGUCAAUGUCGUCUGACCACAAUCCUUAUGUAGAGGCUUCACCAAGAAGCAAUGGCCCGGCAUCGCCCAACAAAACAGCCGAUAUCACUCCACGUGCCAACAACGCUCAGUCAACAGAUCCUGCUGUUAUCCACGCCAUCACCCAGACGAUGAUUGGUGAAUUCCUAUAUAAAUACACCCGUCGCGCCAUCGGUAAGGGACACGGGGAGAGGAGGCACAAGCGCUUCUUCUGGGUGCAUCCGUAUACAAAAACACUAUACUGGAGCUCUGCAGAUCCUGGUUCAUCCAAUGUAUCAGAAUCGAGCGCGAAGAGUGCUUAUAUUGAAGGUGUUCGAUCAGUUCUUGAUCCCAACCCCAUGCCUCCUGGUUUGUAUCAGUAUAGCGUCGUCAUUUCCACAGCCCAGCGAGAGAUGAAGAUUACCGCGCCUACAAAGGAUAGGCAUGAUAUCUGGCUCAACGCUUUAAAAUACCUGCUCUCGCGACCGAGCAAUACCAACAUGACGUCUCCUGGGGAUCGGACCGUGAUCCCGCAAAGUCCCAAUGAGUAUACAGACGAUGAACGCCGGCCGCCGAUGGUGUCAAGCCCUGAGAGCCAGCGCAGCGCCCGGAGUCAGGAGGCUUGGAAUAUUACGCCUCGCGGACAACGGAGUCGAUCCCAACUUUCCGUCGGCGGGUCCGUUAGUAAACGCUCCGGAACACCUGCCCUUGAAUACCUGAGGUGGAAUGGCCCUGAGAGCCCAUAUAGUCCAGAUAAAUCCUUCGUGGAUGUUCCUGGCCAUGAUGAUGACGACUUGGAUUUCGAGCUUCAUGGCAACUCACAGUCUGACGAUGGGUUUGAAGGAUUAGAGAAUGUUCGCGCAUGCUGUGAUGGUCGUCAUACCGUAGGCCAUUCCGGAAGGCAUCAUAACCACAGUCAUCACAAUCACGCUACUGUUAGCCACCGUCGCAGCACUGACAACCAACAUCUCAAUCCUCAUCCUCAACAACAGGAACGUCCUUCCUCGCCUGCGUGGUCAUUCCGGUCAAGGACAGGUAGCGCCCAAUCACACGAGGGUGGUAUCUUUUCAUGGGGCCGUGGCGACGAUGGCAAGCUCCGAUUUGGCUCUCGGAGGUCCACCAAAACAUCAGUGCCAAUCCACGACUAAAGUAAUAAUCUAUAAAUUUGCUGUUUCACUGCUCACACUCCCUGGAUCUGGUCGUCUUUCUUUCCUCGUUAUUUUGGCCGGUGUUAUGCUCAAGCUAUGAUCCUUUUAGUUGGCUCAUCAAUUAACCCUCCUUUUCUUUUAUUUCAUCUUCUGUUCGCUGUAGCCAGUUAUCUUGUGUCAUCACCACAACUGAAUAUCAUUCCUUUAAUUAGUUAA